UCAACCUCCUCCUAUGGGAAUUCGAAACCUCCGCAACAUUUGCAGGUUUUUCACAAUUCCUCAUUUAUUCUCAAACCCUCUUUUCCAAUCACCAACUGGUUCUUCAACAUUUCGCACCCUCAAACCCUCUUUUACAACUUCUUCAAUUUACAAUCCUCACAUAUACUUGAACCUUGGUUUUCAUUCUGUUACUUUAAGGUACUUUUAUUCUAACCCUAAUUCUUCUGAUAAAUAUAAACCGCAUACAACUUCAAAGCAAGUUUCUGAAAUCAUUGCAUUGAUUUGUGAGGGUGUGAAUGAUUUGGAAUAUAGGUUAAGCAUGAUGAAUGUGUGUUUGUCAUUGUCAUCAGUUGUUUACAUUUUUGAUAGAUUAUCAAGUGAAAGAGUUUCUGCUUUGGUGUUUUUUCAUUGGCUUAAUGUUUCACAUCGCGGGCUUUGUUGUGAUCCUGAGAUAGGGAAUUUGGUUAUUGAGAACUGUGGGUUGUUAGGAAAUUUUGAGGCAAUGGUUCCUGUUUUGGUUGAGUUUAACCUAAAAAGAAUGUGUUUGGGGAGAAGGGCGUUUAGGUUUUUGGUUGUUUUGAGAUUGGAUAUGGAUUCUAGGAUUGAGUGUGUGAGGAGAGUUGUGGAUGUGCUUAAUAAGGUUGGAGGUGUUUGUCGGAGUUCCGGGGUGAAGUUGAUGAUAGAGACAUUUAGUUUUUCGGGUGAUUUUGAUAUGGCGGAGUAUGUGAUAGAAGAAACUGGGAGGGACGUGAAAAGUUAUAACUUUUUGUUGAGGUUAAUGUGUAAGAGAGGUUUUUACGAAAGAGUAGGUCAUUUGGUAGAGAAGAUGAAGGGAAUUGGUGUGGAACCGGAUGGAAGUACUUACAACUUGUUGGUAAGUUGUUUAAUCAAGAUUGGUAAAUUUGUUGAGGCUUGCCAAGUUCUUGAGAUGGUGGAAAAAGAAAAUGGUUUGCCGGACGGGUUUUCAUUUGAUGUUCUUAUUAGUUUGUUAUGUAAAAAUGGACGGAUUGAUUUAGCUUUGAAGUUUCUUGAUAAAAUGGCUUUGAAGGGUAUCCAACCUUGUAGUUUAACGAAUGCUGCGGUGAUCAAGUCGUAUUUUGAAUCAGGAAAAUACGACGAAGCACAUGAGUAUGUUGUUGAUUCUGUUUGUAAGCAUAGCUAUUCCAGCAAUGAAAGCUACACCUUACUUGCUUCUCUUUAUUUAAAGAAAGGAAGUAUUCUACUUUCUCAAAGGAUUCUUCAUGAGAUGAUGGAUAGAGGUCUUAAACCUAAUUAUUCAGUGUAUAUGAAGAUAAGGAAGUGUCUUGAGAAGAAGAAUAAAAAAGAUUUGUCUUUGGAAUUAUCAAGAAGAUACUUGAGCUUUAUCGAAAAGUGAACAAAUAUGCUAGAUUUUGUGACAAGUUUUGGAAUGUCAUCCGGCUUUUGCUGAAUAGCUACUCUGCAUUUGGAAGGGUUCAGCCAUUGAUAUUUGCUUUAACUUUUUCCUGGUAUUCAGAAGCUCACAUUAUGUUGUUGAGAUAUAUCAAACGAAACAUAGAAGCUGCUCAAUCGGAUGAAAUAUAGUUGGGCUAAGGGUAAAGGAAGAGUGGAAAAAUAUAUAGAUGAAAUCUAUAAAAGAGCUACCUCUGAAUGAUUUAAUUGAAAAUGAAACCAGGUGUAGUCUCUAUAGAAGGAAGACAGUUGUAUUUGUUGACACAAGUUGAAAAUAAUGUAUGUAAACGGGGGCUAUGCAUACAUGCCCCUCCUCAAUUUUUUCCAAAACAACUAUUUUCAUGUUAUAUUAUUUCUGAAAAUAAUAAAAAUGAUUAAGCUUGGCCUGCUUAACAAAAUGUCUGUUCCCUUUAGGCCCCCUUUGUGCUAAUUCUAUUGCUCCACCUUUGUUGUUGAUAUUGAGUAGUCUAUUAUCUUGUUUUACAUUUGUUCCAAGUUUCCUACUUGCUGUGACCACUUAAGCAUACAAAGUGAAAAAGAAAAUGAGAUCUUAAUAUCAAACAUUUUUUUGUAGCAGAAGUGAACCAAUUAUAAAAACUGGUACACCUGUUUCUCUUCAUAUAUUCUGUAUUGGCUGCUAUGCUUCUGUCUUACAAACACUGUUAGCCUUGUUUUGCCUGUACUUUAUCUUGUUUUGUGUUGUUGGAACAAAUAGUGUAUUUUUACACAACAGUGUUUUUAGCGUACCAUUAAAUGCUACCGUCAAAACCAUUUAAUGCUAAUUGUUAUGAUUAAGGGGAUAGGAGAGGGGUUAUAACAAACACUGUAUACCAAUUUGAUUUAGUAAUAAACCUACAAUUUGACUUUCACUUGUACACACCUUCGUUAUUUGGGUAGCUUCUUCAUGAAGAAACACAAACUUAUGAUGUUUACAGUAACACUACACAGUAUACACAAUUAUAUGUGUGCGGCUAUUAUGAAUUUUAUAGGAUCUUAUAAUAGGUGUUACAAUCUCACAAUUUUCAACCUCGACUCCCCUUACCAAUCCAAAGUAAAAUUUUUAUUUUGACUAUCUUUCUUGCCUGGUAACACAUAAGUUAGCAUUUUUUGUAUUCAAUUGCAGUGGCUAAUAUGUUUGAAUCUUGAUGAAAAUGCAUCUUUUUAUAGCUUUUGGUUUUCAAGAGAAGAUCAUAUUACAUAUCUUUGUCCAUCAUAAAGAUGUCUUUGCCCAAAACAAUAUCUUGAAUAUAUACAACACAUGGUACUUAAAGUAUGUCUAGUAAUACUUGUGUUAAGUGAAAUUCUACAAGACCAUUGACCUGUGGAGUAACAGUACUUGGCAACUUGGCAACUUGUGUCGAUUGACCUUCUCUUAGACUCCAAAUUCUGAAACAAAUGUACUUGUAAAACGGGGAAGUAUCCGUACCGGAUAUGGGCGUGUAUCAUUAUGAUAAGAAAAAUCUGAGGGUGAGGCUCUAUAUUGUGAAAUCAGCCCUGCCGGUCACUGUCCUCAUGAUGAAGUCCCCGAGGUAUGCAGUUCCUCACUAAUUAACCUGAAACCCCUCUGUCUGCUCUUGCCUCUCUUAAUUGCAAUAUGAAACCAUGAAGAUAUAAGGGUUUAUCAAUUUUUCUGAGAAAAUGUACUUGAGCUUAUAUGGUUUGUGAAGUUAUAGUCAGAGGUCACCUUGCAUGUGGCAAGUUAUAAUUAAAGAGCUGAUACAAAUUAAUUUGAUACAGGUCUUGGAUGUGCUUUAUAUUUUACAGCACGUUACCAUUGUUUAGUGAAAGGUGUCACAUUGCUCAAUUGCAAUACAUCUUUUUGGGGUUCCAAAUCCAGUAAAAUAUCCAAGACUAGUCAAAAUAAUUUUGUGAGUAUAUAAGUAUUUUUAUUUGUUUGCUCCAUGUUUUCAUAUAGUAUCUGUACCUUAAUUUGUUUAAAUCACUGUAUUCUCGUGCCUGUACCCGUACAGUACCGGUUACGAUACCUGUACCUAUGCAACAAAGCUUCAAGGUAAGUGUGCUGCUGAACCACCAUCCAAGGUAACACUUCGUCUCUUAUUCCCUUUUCGAAAAUGGUACUAUAUUGUUGCUGACACAUGAGAUUUUUGUAUAAAAAAUCAAGUUUCAUAUUUGUUUGGUCUAGUUGACUUCUCUAUAUAUAAACUCUUGGAAGUGUUUGGAGAUUGUACUCUUGUAUAAAACCGACGACAAAGUUGGAUGCGAGUAAGAUGACGAGUUUGAACGUUGAUGAUAGUCAAAGUACAAGGACAACGACGAAUAAGACAAAUACAAGCAAAACAAAGGAGAUGAAAAGAAGUACGUGGACAAGAUACUACCUUUGAUGUGGAAUGUGCUUGCAAGAAGAGGAGGAAAGACGAAGGAUUAUACCACAAAGACCCUGCAAUAUUGCAAUUGACGAAAGUGAUGUCAAAUGUUGGCUCAAAGAUUUAUAGCAUUAUUUUUGGUUUGGUACCAAUUGAUGGUUGUGCCCAAUGUUAGAUAUUGUGAAAUGAUUUUCUCAUCCAUGUACUAUAAUUUUUAGAAUCUAAAAGUAAAUGUUCAAAAUGUGAAGUGUCAGCCUUGAAAAGUAUCCUAAUGAAGAGAAUGUAGGUUUUUACAGUUAAGAAUUGUACUCAGACAGGAACUGAA